AUUGGUAAGGAGAAUAGGAGUACAUUGGCAAAUUCCGACAGGAAGGGUUUGAGGUGCAUGUUAAUUCUUAGGACUCCAUCUUUCAAAUGGAAGAUCUGUUGGAUGGACAAACUGAGGCUCCAGAGGGAGUGGAGGAUCUGCCAGUUGAUGUUAUUGAAUUUAAAAGGACCAGUGACAUCAGGCUAGCUGCAACAAAGGAUCCUGAUUCAACAGAAUAUUCCAGCUCCUUUGCAGACACUACAUCUAGGAAUGAGAACUGUUCUGAGUUGAGUGAUGCUGAAGCCGAGUCACAAUUCUAUGAUGAGAACAGUUUGGCAUCUGCAUUUGAUGGAUUUAGCAGUGUCUUUCCAUUGAGGAGUCAGCAGAAUUAUAGGCCUGUCUGCCUAGACCAGAUUCUAAUGUGA